GAUAGACAUCCACUCGCAUCUUCCAGCAUCAGCAGCACCGCUAUAUAACCAGAGCAUCCCAUCGGCGCAGCCACAUUAGGCUUCAAUCCGCAGGACUUCCCACACCACCAAGAGGGGCAUGAAACUAUCAUAACAAGACAUUCAACAAAUCCUAGAGUUCCAACAUGACGAAGUCUUACACCGAGGAAAGCAUGAUGCUGGAGUCUCAAACCAGCACGAACUGGACCGACAAGUGUCACAGCAGCUCCCAAGACGAGCGAGACGUGGAGAACACCAGCGUGCCCAUGCAUAAGGAUAUGGAGGAGGACGACGACGACGAAGUGGGACUCAACCGACUCGAAGAUGAGGAUGACGAGGAGGAAGAGGAGGAGGAAGAAGACGGCGAUGACACCAAGCCGAAAAGACGGGGACCCAAGAAGAAGAAGAUGACCAAGGCGCGUCUGCAGAGGUUCAAAAUGAGGCGCAUGAAGGCGAACGCCCGGGAGAGGAACCGCAUGCACGGCCUCAACGACGCGCUGGAGAGCCUGCGCAAAGUUGUGCCGUGCUACUCCAAAACGCAGAAGCUCUCCAAGAUCGAAACGCUCCGACUGGCCAAGAACUACAUUUGGGCGCUUUCGGAAACCCUGAGGUCGGGCAAGAGCCCGGAUCUGAUGUCUUUCGUGCAGGCCCUGUGCAAGGGCUUGUCCCAGCCCACGACCAAUUUGGUCGCAGGAUGCCUCCAACUGAACCCCAGAACUUUUCUCCCCGAGCAGAGCCAGGAGAUGCCCCCUCAUAUGCAAACAGCAAGUGCUUCCUUUUCCGCUCUUCCCUACUCCUACCAGACGCCCGGUCUUCCCAGCCCUCCGUACGGUACAAUGGACAGCUCUCACAUCUUUCACGUCAAGCCGCACUCAUACGGGAGCGCACUGGAGCCGUUCUUUGACACCGCGCUCACAGACUGCACCAGUCCCUCGUUUGACGGACCCCUUAGCCCGCCUCUGAGCGUCAAUGGGAACUUUUCCUUCAAACACGAGCAUUCGUCGGAAUUCGAGAAGAACUACGCCUUUACCAUGCACUACCAGGCGGCGGGCUUGGCCGGCGCGCAGGGACACGCGUCUCUUUACGCGGGCUCCACGCAGCGCUGUGAUGUACCCAUGGAGAACAUUAUGUCGUACGAAGGGCACUCACAUCACGAGCGGGUCAUGAACGCCCAGCUGAACGCGAUAUUUCACGACUCGUGAUUCUAACGGACAUUUGUGAGACUGCUCGUCACGGUAUUCUGUCAUGGCUGAUGCAAAAAGAGCAACAACAUUAUAUGCUUAAUCUUAUGUACGUAUUUAUUGUUGUUACUGCCUUUAGGAGAAGAGAGAAUUCGUUUAUUCUCGUUCACCUUAUGUAUUGUAUUCUAUAGCGCUUCUACGUUGCGGUCACACACAGGUGGGAACAGGCGUGACCUUCUUCAGAAUGUGUUAAUUAUCCAUGCUACAAAAUCACAAGCAAUAAUUUGGAAUCUAUGCAAUUUUUAAUCCAAUACUGGGCCAAUUAUAGAAAUUAAUAGAGAUUGAUAUAUUUUUCAACCUAUUACAUUUUACUACUUAUCUAUCCCAUACUGAAUUAUUUUGUUGUGAUUUUGUAUAGAAUUGUUAAUUUUUAUAAAGUCAGAUCCCUGCAUCAUUCCAUGCAACCCCUCAUGUUAAUGUUUUAUAAAACUGAUUUAUCUCUUGUUUAUACAGUACUCAAUCUAGUAAUAACCAGCAGGCAAGUGCUUAAAAAUCUGUAAUGUUGCCUUAGCAAUGAAUUACUGUAAAAUCAUGCAGAGUUGCACAAUUCCCAUCCUCUGAAUCCCGUCUUAUGUUACGUUCAAUCAGUGAUCCUUUGUGGAAUUGCGAAUUGCUUGAGUGCUAGGGGGGGUGGGGGGAAUUCGGUGUUAGAGUCUCAGUGUUGUACAUAAAAGCUUGACUAUCACCUUUUAAAUUCACCCUGUGUAAAAGCUGAUCGAGAGGCCUGUCUUUCUAAGAUGGAAAAUAAAUAAUGGACUGAAUUAGUCUGCUCUAACUAUUCGGGUAUUUUCGACUGGGAAUUUGAAUUGGUUGCGAAGAAAGAACAAACAAUGAAGAUGCAACCAAAAAAGAGGUUGAUUUCAAAGUGAUUCUAGUUUUGAGACUGUUGUAUGUGUGUAUCAGUUCAUGAUGGAGGUUUAAGAAAUAAAACAAAUGGUUUUGAAUUGAA